UUCCGUCCUGGAGGUUGGGUCCCUGGCUCUGCUGACGCCCUGGCCUGCGCGCGGCUCCUGCCAGGACGACGACGGUUGCUGGGUGCCUGGGCCGGUGAGACUUGCUAAAGGAAUUGUAGGUCCGCCCAGUUUUCUCCAUUCUUCCGCUCCAGGCCCUCGGAUACUGUUCCUGCUAUCACCUCCGGUUCCUUAGCUAAGGAAGGCCUCCCCCUUCCCUUUGCUUCCCUUCUCAUCACACUGGAGGCCCUCUUCUGUCUUCUUCCUGAUUCAUUUCUUUUUCUCUCUCAGCGUGCGUCUCUGGUUUUUCUUUCUCUCAACAGCCCUUGAAAGUAAGACAAGAAGAAAUCUUUCCGUCAAGACCGACAGCAAAAUUAACCCACUGGGCAGACGCUGUUUUGUACAAAUGGUGAAUCCGGGGAGAUGAAGCUUCACGUGCCCCUGUGAUUACAGAUGUGUUCCAAAAUUAGUUUCUGAUUUCCAGAAGAAGCCUUUCGUUCCUUCCCCGACACUACUGACCGGGAUUCCUCUUGGACUUAUCACAGGGGACAAGCAAUUAACCAUCAAUGCUUUUGAAGGAUUAAGGACUGUAAUUGCACGCACAGUGUGUCGGGCCCAGCAUUCAGGAGUCCUGACAGUGCUCUGUGGUGGCGCUGUUCUUGGAAUACUACCCUGUUAAGAUGCCUUAAAAGCUUGUCACCACUAGGUUGUAAGGUUCCCCACAGGAACACAAGGUAUCUUAAAACAGCAAACUCCUGAAAGAUCAGCAUGUACAGAACAGAGGUAAACAAUGAUGAUUUCCAACCAUCUACAACUAAUCAACCACCUGCCGUUACUCAAAUGACUACAGUUACUCAGGUUUCCAGUGAUCCUGCUUAUAGUUCAACAUAUGAGGACACUAAGGAAAGGAAACAACAGGCGAACAGAAGUACAAAUAGUUAUUGUCCUCCACAAGGAACAUUCAAUAAGAUAAUUACAGAUGGAGUUACACUCAUUAUAUUAUGGGUUCUACUCUGGGCCCUUAUGGGCCAAGAAGUUCUCCCUGGUGGAAAUUUGUUUGGACUUAUAGUUAUUUUUUACAGUGCGUUCCUUGGGGGGAAAAUUUUAGAAAUCAUUAGAAUACCUGUAGUGCCCCCACUUCCACCUCUUCUGGGCAUGUUACUGGCUGGUUUCACUAUCAGGAAUGUUCCAAUUAUUUAUAAAUUUGUCCAUAUUCCUACCACAUGGUCUUCAGCUUUAAGAAACACAGCCCUUACUAUUAUCCUCAUACGAGCUGGGCUUGGACUGGAUCCGCAGGCUUUGAAGCAUCUGAAGGGAGUUUGUUUGAGGUUGUCAUUCGGUCCAUGCCUCAUAGAGGCGUGUUCAGCUGCUUUUUUCUCCCACUUCCUUAUGAAGUUUCCUUGGCAAUGGGGGUUCUUAUUAGGCUUUGUUCUAGGUGCUGUCUCUCCUGCUGUUGUGGUACCCUCCAUGCUGUUGUUGCAAGAAAACGGAUAUGGUGUUGAGAAAGGCAUUCCAACCUUGCUGGUGGCUGCCAGCAGUAUGGAUGAUGUUGUGGCCAUCACUGGAUUCAACACAUUCUUGAGCAUGGUCUUUUCCUCAGGCUGUCAGCACUUAGGCUUACAUGGAUCUGGAGGACUGGUCACACUAGUGUUGUCGUUCAUGGCAGCAAAAAAAUGGGCUAAAGAGAAGGUUGGAAUCCAAACAAUUGUUGCAAAUAUGUGGAAUGUUUUUCAGCCACUUCUUUUUGGCUUAGUUGGAACAGAAGUAUCUGUUGAAGCUCUUGAAUCGAAAACUAUUGGCAUGUGUAUUGCUACCUUGGGUUUUGCAUUAUCAGCUCGAAUUAUAGCCACUUUUACAUUGAUGUCUUUUGCUGAAUUUCGUUUUAAGGAGAAAGUAUUUAUUGCUUUAUCAUGGAUCCCCAAAGCUACAGUCCAGGCUGUCUUAGGUCCUCUGGCUCUAGAAAAAGCAAGGGACAUGGCACCCCACUUGGAAGCAUAUUCGAAGGAUGUGAUGACAGUAGCCUUUCUAGCCAUCCUGAUCACAGCUCCAAACGGAGCUCUCCUCAUUGGCAUACUGGGACCCAAAAUACUUGAUCGUAGUGAUGUGACAGGCCCUAUAGAAAUGGAGCUAUCACAGUUUGAACAUUAAAACGUUUGCCAUCACUCACCUGCUUGUCUAAUGAAUUAUCUCACAUGACAGAAAAAAAAAAUGUUCCAGAACAGAAGGUUGGAGAUUGUUCAUAGAAGCCUGGAGUCAGUAAAUGCACAAUUCCUAUACAGGGUUUUCCUCUGUCUGACUUUUGCAUCCAAAGUAAA